UUUGACGAAUGUAAACACUACGAACAACUCAACGACCGUCAGCGUGCUGCAGGUGUGCACAGAGGAAAUACUCUGAAAUGUGACCAGAAAGACCUGACCACCCCUAAGUGGUACAGGUUUAUUGGAAACGCUGGCAUUCAGAUGCCAACCUCUUGUGUUCCAAAGCAUUACUGUGGAACACACGCACCUGGAUGGUUAAGCACCUCGCAUCCAACAAGGGUUGGACAGAUCGUUAAUGGCAAAGUGUGCUUUCACUGGGGUAAUAAAUGUUGUAACUGGCAUGCCAACAUCCAGAUAAAGAGAUGUAAUGGAUUUUACGUUUAUAAACUGGUCAGAACACCUGUUUGCUGGCUUCGAUACUGUGGAAAUGCAGGAUUCGGUGAGUGAAGUGUUUUAUCGCGCUGAUCUAUGCCAUGAAUCAUGUAUUUAAAAAACAAGAUAAGAAUCCCGCAACCUUUUCUCUUAAUGUAGAUGUCUGGUGAAUUUAAGCUCGGUUUACAGAAAAACAUAGGAAAUAAUUAGUUUUGGGCUUACUCAGUGGUUUCGUCUACUUAAUAUAGUCAACGAGCCAAGGAAAUCGAAAAACCAGCGUAAAGCGAGCUUUUAUGAAACAAUAACCACAAGAAAUAUGUUUUGAAUGUUUCAGUGUUGCAAGGAGAAAGCUAAUGAGGCAUGAAAAAAUAAGCUGCAAAUAACAACGAUUAGCAUUUUGUUCUGUGGGUUGCACGUUAGUCCUCAUCAUUGUUGUAAACGGUCAAAACUUAAGAAGUAUCCUGAAAUAUUUCAGUUGUUUGCCGUUUUCUGCGUUUCAUUGUUAACAACGAUGUUAUCUUCAAACCCACCUAGACCCAUGCAAGGCAAGCAAGCCUUGUCAAAAUGGCGGAACAUGCGUUAAUAACAAUGGCGAUUACAUCUGUCGUUGCAAGCCUGGUUACCAAGGGAAGAACUGUGAGCAAGGUAAGACCAAUAGUUAUUACAGACAUUACAUACUUUUUCAUCGGAACAACAUAUUUUGACACUAUCCUACUUAAAGUCACAAGAAUCCCUUUCUUGAGUUCCUUAUCUAUGUACUUGUAAAGAUUUUCUUCGAAGCUGCCUGGGCUACGAAUGCGUGCAAACUAUAAGAGAAACAAACUAGCAGUUAAAACAUCCGGAUACAUUACAAACUCACGACUAUUUUCCUUUAUAAAAGACUGUCGGAGGGAGAAUAUAAGAAAUGAAUUAAGUGAAACUCAAAAGUUGACCCUGUUUGUUCUCUACUGGCAGAUGUAAAUGAAUGCAACAGUAGACCUUGCCAGAAUGGAGGAACGUGUCAAAACCUUCCAGGAAGCUACAGAUGUCAAUGCAAACCAGGAUUCUUGGGCAAGCAAUGUGAAAUUGGUAGGUAAUUUGCAUCCUAAUUAUUUCAUGUUUGUUUUUUGUGAAAGUUUUUUCUUCGUUGUUUUAUGCUUAAAUUUAUUUAGCUGUUACAUUUUGCCCGAGGAAUCGAUGAUAAUAAUCGAUGAUAAUCAUAAACGAGGAUCAUGAUCAUGAUGCUUCAUCAAACUUUUCAUUUCUCAAACUAUCUGUAUACAAAUAAUCAGUUACUUUGUCUUCAUGUUUUGAAAUAAGGUUCAAAACGAAAAAAUAACGUCCUUUAACCACUUAUGCUAUUGUGCUGUGUAAAAAAUUCAAAUCCAACUGGAAAUUGAAAUUUGCGACAGGAUCCAAUAAAACUUAUUUCUCAAACUAUCUGUAAAAAAUAAUCAGUCUUUUCUUCAUGUUAUCAAAAAAAAAGUUUAUUUAAAAAUAUUGGAAAUACAGGCCAAUAAUUUAGUCUUUUAUGAAUUUGAUGAAUGUAAACACCACGAGCAACUCAGCGAUCGUCAGCGGGCUGCAGGUGUCCACAGAGGAAAUACUCUGAAAUGUGACCAGAAGGACUUGGCGACUCCCAAAUGGUACAGGUUUACUGGAGCAGCUGGUACUCGGAUGCCAUCUACCUGUGUUCUAAAGCAUUACUGUGGAACACACGCACCUGGAUGGUUAAGCACUGCACAUCCAACAAAGGUUGGACAGAUCGUUAACGGCAAAGUGUGCUUUCACUGGGGAAAUAAAUGUUGUAAUUGGCAUGCCAACAUCCAGAUAAAGAGGUGCAACGGAUUUUACGUUUACAAACUUGUAAGAACACCUGUAUGCUGGUUACGAUAUUGUGGAAAUGCAGGAUUUGGUGAGUUUAAGAUAAUCUGUCUUGUGGUAUCAUGUAUUUACUCGGUAGAAGCAGCUGUCUCUGACGCGCCUGAUUUUGAAGUAAAAAAAGAUUAAUCUUCUUUGUCUCCAGUAGGAUCAAAAAGGACUUCUGUAUGUUGGUUGCGUUACUGUGUCAGUGCAGGAUUCGUCGAGAAUGUGUUGCAACAAGAAAAAUAAAAAAGUGUUCGAAAACAUUAAACCUUGCUUUGCGUUAUCGACAUUAUGUCCUAAGGGAAUAUCCAAGGGACCUAAAGUUCCCGUAAUACCUGUAUAGUGCAGCUGUAGUGAUAGUUACCACCAAAACUACUACUUGUCCAUUAUCAUCAUCUUUGUCUUCGUCGUCUUUGUCGUCAUAAUCAUAUAGUUCCUUUUCCUCAAGACUGGAAGUGGCCAGGAAUUAGGCUUUUCCAAACUUUUAUACACACUACAAAGUCGUUUAUUUUUUCCAUAAUCAGUUGAGGAUAUUUUUGUACGGAGUGUUUUUUAAUCCUACUCUAAACGCCCAAAAUCUUGUGAUAGAAAACGUCCAUUUUCCGGUCUGGCAACCUCGACCAUUGAUGUGGCAUGUUUAGUAGACCCAAAAUAACCCCCUCCCGUGUAGCUCAUGGCAUCAUUAAGACGCGAAAGGCCCACCACCAUAACAUAAGUUGUACGAACAAACAUGGGGACUACGAGUGUACAUGUCCGCUGUACCGGGUUCUCGGAUGGAUUAUUACUGUGGCAGUAAAAACUCCUGAAUGCCCUUGAGUGAAAAAAUAGCCACACCAGGUGCUUAGCAUAGCCUGUGCGAUAUCUAAAUUGGAAAACGCCUUAAAAAAUUUAGAUAUUAUAGCUAUCCAUUUAAAAGAAGUCCAGAUGUACGUUAAAAACCGCCAACAAAACAUAAAAAUUGUUUAAAAAAGUUCAAGUUCCUUUUCCUGUACUAAAUAAUAUGGCUAUGCUCUUCAUACGCAUAAAAUAGCGAUCAAUAUAAAUAAUAAUAAUAAUAAUAAUAAUAAUAAUAAUAAUAAUAAUAAUAAUAAUAAUAACAAUUACUAUUUUAUUUAGACGUGGAUGAGUGCAAACAAAGUAGCCUUUGCAAGAACAAUGGUACUUGUGUUAACAUACCUGGUGGAUUUCAGUGUCGCUGUCAAGCUGGAUACCAGGGCGAUGACUGUAGUCAAGGCAAGUGAUCUUCACCGAACCUGAAAUCCUAAAAUCCUCACUUUCAGCUUUUCUAAAACCGUUGUCAAACGUUGCCAUAUUGUAUGUUGUUUGGUUAGCAGGGCUAGUAAACGGAGCGACUUAUACACUGUACCUGGGAGGCUUAUAUAUGAACCGGAAUAAAAAUAACUGAAAAAAGCUCAUCGAAACUAGCUGCUGAUUUAGUUCAGCUCCAAAACGUCAUGAUAACUCGAAUUCAUUUCAAUACAAGCUAGAUGGGGCUUAUAUCCGGGGCGGGGGAGGGAUAUAUUUUUCUGUUUAGACUAGAGUAGGCCUAUAAGUGGCUGGGCUUAUAAGCGGUAGUUUAGGGGACACGAAGAGUAAAUACUCGCAUAAAAAAACCAAAACCAAAACGUAAACGAAAGGAAAGAACCUUACUCGCAAUACAAUUUUUUGUUGAUGUUCAUUUAAUUACAUCUUAAACACACAUACUGUACCGAAUUCUUUUUCAGACGUUGACGAAUGCAUUAACAAUCCAUGUCAAAACACCGGUAACUGUACGAAUAAACCAGGGAGUUACGAGUGCUAUUGUAUCGACGGUUUUGAGGGAAAGAACUGUGAAAAAGGUAAGAAAAUCUCAUGUCCUUUAGUAUAUAUACGAAGCUGUUUCCUUAGUUUUAUUAAUGCGCUCCUCAUAAUUGUUCUUCUUAUUUAAAUUGUAAAUAUAAUUGUAUAACGUUGGACGUCAGGGGAAAGCCACCUUAACACGUUUAACACGCGAGAAGCCUGGGCAAGAAAAAUGAGCGGAAAGAAACCUAAUUUUGUAGUUUCAUUUCACUUAUAACGAUGCUUAAAAUUUAGUUUCUUUCUUGCAGACAAGGAUGAAUGUAGUGGAAGCAACAAUCCAUGUCAAAAUGGUGCGACAUGUGAGAACAAGAUAGGCACAUACAAGUGUAUAUGCCCGGAUGGCUAUACGGGAUUCAAUUGCGAGAUAAGUAAGUUUUAGUUUUACCAUACUCUCUUAGCUUUACAGAGCCAGCUACUGGCACUGCACGAAAAAUUGGAUUUACAACAAAUUUAUUCAGUGCAAAUUUGGUGCAAAAAAGUGUAAACUAAGGUUAAAUAAAGGGCAAAGAUGGUAAAUACCGCAUCUGCCCUAAAAUUUACACCCCCAUGUAAACUGGCAAGCAAUGCGGUAUUUACCAUCUUUGCUUUUAAUUGCCCCCUAGUUUGCACUUUUUUACACCAUAUUUACACCGAGUAAAUUUGUGUAAAUCCAGUUUUUCGUGCAGUGUGGGUGUCGGGACUUAAUGAAAAAGGGUAAAAGAUAUAGAAGAAGUUAUGGAAUCAAAUCAAAUUAGAAUAGAGAUUACUUUUGAAAGUAAUGGUUAUACGAGAUCAAUUCUACGGCAAUUGCAGUAAGUCAUACGUCUCUUAGGCAAUAGUACUUUUAAAUAUGAAAACAAACGAUGGUAGCUAGAACGAGCAAGAACAGUCACCUUUCAACACCUCAUCCUCAAAGGUUUUCUAGGUAUCCAAAAGCUUGUUAUUCACCAUUUUCACAUAGACCAUAAUACCCACUGCCCCACCUUCCCCCCCCCUCCCCGCCAAAAAAAAAUCCGUGACCAUUGUUUCCUCUGAAUUAUACUGAGUGUUACAGUCGUCCCAAGAGAAAUUGAAGACAAAUUUCUGGGGGUGAACAAGGUGCAUUAUGGUCUAUAUAUGUGAAUCAUUUUUGGUAAAUUAUGAUUUAAACUCUGGAGCAUGUAGUGGGUCUUGCUUUACAUCUCCUUUCCCCUGUUGCUCUCUCAUCCCUUUUUAAUUAUGGCCUUUUAUUCUGUCACUCUCCCUACUUCCUUUAUUUCUAUUUUUCUUUUCUUGUAGAAAAAAAUUUCGUUGCACUUGGCUGUUUUCAAGACAAUGCUAACGACCGCGCAAUGGGAAAGUUACUUAAGAACUUACGGCAAUCUAUUGACUGGCGUGAUAUGUCAAAAACAGUCAAAAAGUGCUCGGAGAUUGCCAGGAGUCACUCGUAAGUAUUAAUAUUAGUUUUUGCAUGUUGUUUUCCAGGUCCAAGAUGAAUAUUUUACUUUUUUUCUACACACUUGUGACAACUUUAUUGUGUCCACCAUUAAUGUAUUACUGAUAAAAACAAAACAUAAUAAUAAUAAUAAUAAUAAUAACAAUAGUAAUAAUAAUAAUAAUGUGUUUACACGGCAAUUAAGAAAAAAUAUCUAAAGUGUGGCAAAAACUUUGUAGACUGCUAAUUUAGCGCAGUUUAUAAUUUGGGAGUCACAAAGAAACGCACAUAGCCUACAUCAGUCAAAAUCGGAAUAAUUCAUUUAAUAUACCAUGCUUUCCACGGAUUUGCAUGUGGUAAAACAUUAACAAUUAUUGGACCGAGGUUUAGCAAAAUAUCGUGAUUUGUCAGUGGCGAGCAGAUCAAUUGUUUGCCGAAGCCGAAUAAGGAAUAUCUUCGGGAAGCGAAGCGAUCUCCCAUUUUCACGCAAGAGCGAUCGCAAGAAGGAGAAAAGGGUGGUGUCAUUUACGCAUGAGCAGAAUAUUAUUUGCAGCCAAACAAAGUUGGACGACAUUGCGCAUGAGGAAAACAUUAUUUGUUGGAAGUUAUUUGCAGGUCACGUGGUGGGCUGUCGGCUAAUGAAAAGGAAGAAAAAAUUUCAACGAAUGAUAACAUAAUUUGAGAGAUAUUUACGCGCCAAGAAUCCCGUUUCCCUUUAAUUAAGUGCAAGGAUAAGUCCUUUAUUCAUAUGGUUUUCUUUUCGUCUUCAAAGGAUGUAUUACUUUGCUAUCCAGUAUUACGGAGAGUGUUGGGGUGCAAAGGCUGGAACGAAGUAUGACAAGCAUGGACCAGCCAAUAACUGCUGGUCUGGUGUUGGGGGCCCGUUCAGCAACUUCGUUUACAAACUGUGA